CGGAAGUGGAGCUGCUAUCCUCGAGAUGAGUAGCUGUUCACUGGAGCAUCCCAACGGGCAGGAGGCCGACUCUGGCCCCGCCAAGCGGCUCUACAAGGGGGAGUGCGCGCAGGAUGGGUCGGUCGGAGGGGGGAACGCAAGCAGGGCCGUGGAGGUGUCUAUAGUCAUGCCAGUGCAUAACGCCUCCUGCUGGCUGGAUGAUUGUCUGCAGGGGAUUUUGAACCAGGACUACACUGGCUCUAUGGAACUGUCUGUCUACGAUGACGCCAGCACUGAUGGUUCCAGAGCGAUAGUGGAGGGAUGGAGGGAGAGGCUGGAAAGGAGAGGUGUUUCCAUGGUGAUCUCUGGCCAUGACUCCGCCCAACCCAGGGGAGUGGGUCAUGCCAAGAACCAGGCUGUGUCUCAGAGCUCUGGAACCUACCUCUGCUUUCAGGACGCUGAUGAUGUGAUGAUGCCUCAGCGAAUACAUCUCCA